AGUGCAGAUCAACAUGGCGGCGUGGAAGCUCCUCAACACGGGCAUGGGCUUUCUGCACUCGUCCUUGUCAUUCAGUAGACAAGCCUGCAGAAGUCCAGUUGCAGUGAUGGAGCAGGUCAGGAGCUACUAUGUCGACUGGAGGAUGUUGAGGGAUGUGAAAAGACGACAGAUGGCUUUCGAAUAUGCAGAUACACGACUGCGCAUCAAUGCCAUUAGGAAGAAUACUAUUUUGCCAAAAGAGCUACAGGAAAUAGCAGAUAAAGAAAUCGCUGCUCUUCCUCGAGACAGUUGUCCCGUGCGCAUUCGCAACAGGUGUGUGCUGACCUCACGUCCACGUGCAGUGAAACGCAGAUGGCGUCUUAGCCGAAUAGUUUUUCGUGAUUUAGCAGACCACAGCCAGAUGUCUGGAGUACAGAGAUCAAUGUGGUGAUCAGCCAUGACAUUGUGUUUGUUCUACAUCAUUGUCAUUCAGUGUGUGAGCUUUUCAACCUAUGAAUGAACUUGAGCUUGGUAUGCCCUUGAAAGAGGAGAUAUUCAUAUUACAUGAAAAGACGGAGCAGGAAAUUCAUCAAGCAUCUACUCAAAUGAUGUGUUAUUUCUCUGCUGAAUUGAUUUGAAAUUUAUAUUGAUGAUUUUUUUUUGUCUUAGAGAUUGAUGGCAAAUGUAAUAUGUUAUGUUAUUGUUGAUACAAUAAAAAAGGUGUAAUGUG